UUUUAUCUUCGGAGCGCAGUGUGGUUUUGGCUCCAGCCCACAGGAGGAGUGGGAGCCUCCACAGGCUCGCUGUGAUUGGCUCAGACACGACUAACUCCAUUUUGGAAAACAGCUGUUUGAAGACACAACCUUUUCCCCGUUGUUUGCCGACAGUACCCUGAGCAGAAAAAAAAUCACGCAGGUUUUCGCCACGCACUCUCUCUCUUCACGAGGGGCUGUUUUUUUUUAUACACACCAUCCUGCUUCACUUUCGGCCCACUUCGGCGCGCUGCGUUUUUUGUCCGACUGCCAGGAAACUUAACUGGAGAUCCAUGGUGUUAGAUUUCCAUUGUAACAAGUGGAUAGCUGGAGGAGACCCGGCCAAGGUGUAAUGAGAGCGCUGGUCAUGGGCAGAUGAUGGAUGUGGAGACGUCGUAUUCAGACUUCAUCAACUGUGAUCGCACAGGCCGCAGGAACGCAGUGCCCGACAUCUCAGGGGAGGGGUCAGUAGUGACCAGCACCAGUGAACUCACCAAAGACAUGGCAGAGAUGGACCUGAAGGCUGCAGGAGGAGACCCAGGGUCCUCCCCAGCCCCAGAGGCGGAGGGCUCCAACAGCCAAGCUGCCCAGGGAAGCGGAGGCCCAUCCUAAGCUCAGCCAGAGACCGAAGGGAGGCAGAGAAAUGUAGAGAGGAAGCAGGUGAAAGUAGAGAGACAUGGAGUAAGGAAAUGGAGAGUGUUGGUAUUGGUUCUCCUGACUGGACAUGAGGACACUUUCGCUCACUGCCGGCCUGUUUGGAGCUUCAGGGGCUCCAAAUGUUUGCCUUUUUAUUGAAUCUGAUUGUACCACGGGGAACAGAACAGAGUAGAACUGACAGCUGAGAUGCUGCGCUUUUGCUUUAUACUCUGUUAGUUAUUUAUAUUCCCGAUGAGAGAAGAAAGCACAGAAACUUUGGAUUAAGGUCUGCGGAGAUGGACUGAGCUAAACAGAAUUCGUUCAUAACAACACUCGAAACGUUGCUCCAGCCUAAUGUGGGACUGUCAUGGAGGGGUAUUCAUUAUCAUCUGUUUGUCAUUUUCUUUCUAUGUAUGUGUGUGUGUUUGUGAUCCUGUUGUUCAGUUUCACCGUCGAGUCUUUUCUUUAUAUAUUUACCAACAUAGUCCCCAUUUUACUGUCGUGUAUGGAAAUUCAUAUUUAUUGCUAAAUGUUCAGUGAUAACUUUGUGAUAGCAAUUUUCUUUGUGUAAUAAAAUACUUAUGAAUUACUGCAACGUUCGUAUUUUAUGUUUUCGUUGAUAAUUAACUUUUCGCUCAAGUUAUUUUGCAGGUUGCCAUACUUAAAAUUGAACCAGAGCAGGCAAAGAAGUUGUAAAGGUGGGGACUCUCAGCCAAACCGGGAUUAAUGAGUUCACGGUUAAGCUGUACCAGAAACAUAAAUAAAACUGAACGCUGCUUUUGUGUGUAUUAGUGACCACAGGAAGGUAAUGUUUACAUUGCCACAUAGCUUGGCCCCUUACUCCCAUUUAUCUCUUGAUACAAUAAAGAAAUCUUUAGGUACAAUAUUUAGGGGUUACGAGGCGUUUGAUAAAUGAUUACAUCACAGAGUUUACUUCAUAUUAAUGAUCGGGCUUUCUUUGAAAGAUAUUUACAGUUACUGUUGAUUUAAACUGUCAUAGAAAAUAAAUAAUUGCAAGCAGGAACAUUUUAUAGAAGCUUUUAUUUUGUUUUCUUAUAAGUUCCAUAAAUGUGUUGGUUAUAAAUGGAUGUGCUUUUUUUUUAAGUGAAACUGAAAAACAUAUUUUAAAUAAAUACAUACAUCAAAAAAAGAGUAAAGAGAGUAAUUAUCAAAUGCAAAACCAUAGUCAGAUGUUGUCUAUCUAGGUAACGGUAGUGUGCCACCUAGUGUACACAUGUAAGACUAAACUUUUGGUAUUGAGCUGUGUUCACCUGACGCGCCCUGCAGUUUUGCACAUACAGGGGAAAAAAGCACAUGUCUCUAACGCUGGAUUACCAUACUUCACCUGCAACUGAACAGUGGAUAUUCAAAGUGAACUAUAUUUUCAGUUCUUAGCCUCCACUGCUUUCAGUUAUUCUUCACGUCAUGGUUUCCUUCAAAGAUGAACGUUUAAGGUGUGAACUACAAAUAACCUCCCCUAUUUUUCCUUUUCCAGUCUGGUUAUGUGUUAAACCUGUUACUUAGAAGUGUAAUUGUGCGUUCAAUGCUUCCCUGAUUCUCCUUACAACAAAAGGAUGUAAACACAAGAUGAUAAAUACAGGAUGUAUUUAAAAAAAAAA